UCAGUGGCUCUUAUUCCUCGUCACAUGGCGAAAACAGAGAGACUAGAAAGAAACACACAAACACAAAUGGGACGGCGGAGAGUGAAUCCAAGUGACUUGUUUUCCCAAGCCUCCCCCCCACACACUCUCUUCUCUCUUUAUCUCAUUUCCAAUUCACUUCCAGUCUGCCAGUCAAUGUUUGUUUUCUUCCAAUCAAAGUCUUCUUCUCUUCUCCAUAUAUAACUUACAACCCCCAAAUCCAAACCUACCAUUUCUCAUUGCAGCAUUUUUGGUACCAACUUAACUUUCUUUGUUCCAGCAGAACACAGAGAGAGAGAGAGAGUUUUAAGGAUGUCUGAUUGGGGCCCGGUGUUCGUGGCAGUGAUUCUGUUUGUGCUGUUGUCUCCAGGUCUGCUUUUCCAGUUGCCUGGGCGCCAUGGCUGCGUGGAGUUUGGGAACUUUCAAACAAGUGGUGCAGCCAUCAUGGUUCACUCCCUCCUCUACUUUGCUCUCAUUUGCGUCUUCUUGUUGGCCAUCAAGGUCCAUUUUUACCUUGGUUAACUAUUUACCAGCUCCGCUGUUUUUGUGGUGAAAAUGGGACACCAAGGAAACAAGAAGAAGAUGUGACCAACUUUGUUUUGUACCAACAGAGUCCGGGGAAUAAUUAGUCUGUUGGUCUUCCAUUGUAACUUAUUAGUUACAGUUAAUGUUGUGUCUGUGAACUAAAUAUUGUUUAGUAAUAAUAUCUAAGUGAGGGGGCUUUGAUUGAUUGAAAA